GUUACGCUGAUGGCAAUGUUCACCUGCAAUCACAGUUAACUGUACGUCAUACUAUUCUCCUCAGCGAACACUGAAGACUCGUGGAUACCUGACAAAUAUCAUAGAGGGUUACAUCAAGGGACAUGUGUGGACACCCCGCUCCAUAAGGCCGUCAUUGAUGGGAACCUCGAUACCGUGAAACAGGUUAUGAGUGAGCAUACAAUAGACGUCAACACCCGAGGUUUGUAUCGACUGACACCAUUGAUGUUGGCUGCAGUGAGAGGGCAGAAUGACGUCUUUGAACAUCUUCACAAGGAAGAAGCUGAUAUGACACUAACGGAUGGGGAUGGUGACCACAUUCUUAGCACUGCUUGUAUCGGGGGAAAUAUUGACAUUGUAAAAUAUGUGGUCUCAAAACAACCUGAACUUAUAAACAGAAAUCGAAACGACGGAAGAACUUCCUUGAUGUGGGCAGCAUGGCAUGGGAGGGAAAAUAUAUUUGGUUAUCUGCUGCGUAAUGGAGCUGACCAUAUAUCAAUGGAUAAUUAUGGGGACAACAUCCUUCAUUAUGCCUCUCAUGGAGGACACACUGGAAUCGUGGAGAAGAUCCUCGCCGAGGCCGAGAUUGACAUCCACAGUAUUGACAGAUGGGGACGUACAGCAUUGAUGGAGGCAGCAGAUCAAGGACAUAAACAGGUGUUUGACAUACUUGUCAGGAAAGGAAGUAGCAUAUCACACGAAGAUAAGGAUGGUAACAAUGUGCUCCAUGUGGCGUGUGGUGGAGGACAUGUAGAGAUGGUGGAGCAUAUCCUCUCACGGGUAAAGUUUGACAUCAACUGUCGGGGGAAGGAUGGGGCAACACCUCUGAUGAUCGCAGCACGGUGUGGACACAGAGGCGUGUUUGACCUGCUUGUGGGAAAGGGAGCUGAUACAUCACUACUUGAUAACAUGGAGAACAACAUUCUACACUUGGCUAGCAUGGAAGGGCAUGAAAGUAUGUGAUGCAUAUCCUGUCACAGCAUUUUGUGAACAUCAACAGCCGAGGGCAACGUGGAAGAACGCCACUGUUAUGGGCAGCGUGGCGGAACCAAAAUGAAGUGAUUCGGUUACUUAUGAGUGAAGGUGCUGAUCUAUUACAAGUGGACGAUGGGAGAGAAACAACAUCCUUCACAUUGCCUGUAAAACAGCAAAUGGGAGAAUUGCGCAGGAUGUUCUGUUAAAGAAUGAGCUUGACAUCAAUGCAGGAAAUCAUUGUGACGAAACAGCCUCCAUGAUUGCAAAACGUACACAUCAAAUGGAACUGUAUGAACUGCUCAUGUCACAAUGAGGUCAAGGACUUGGAAAUCCUCACUACCAACACUGACGCGUAGAUCCUGAGCGCGAAGCGAGUUUAAGGGAAAUGUGGCGAUGUGUACGAAUAUAUUUAUCAGGUCCACAUUAUAUUGAACGAAUUCAAUGCGUGCUAGUUGUUGAGGAACCAGUGCGGAGCUUUCUCUACACAAUCUCUAUAUCGCCUCUGUAAAGUAAAUUACAAAGUCAAGAGGCAAGUUAUAGUUUCCUUGUUCCAUAGCAAAUGUUGGGGUAAAGGUUGUGCUGGUAGAUUAGGUGACCUUUCUGUCCAGGCAAUGGUAUGGUCGGGCAAGAAUGGCAACCUACAUAACGUGACUGCGAAGGUAUCCUCCCAUUUGUCAGACGUGCUAUUUGUCAGACAGGUUAAAACAACAAACUACCUGGUUGAGUGCACAGCUAAUCCUCUGCCUGUUACCUCUAAAUGAAAAAGGAAUGGCCCAUAAAACAAAUAACAGAAAUCAGAAAUGUUAGAAAUCAGGGAAGACUUUUUAAUAAUAAUGACAAUAACAAUAACAAUCAUGAUCGCAUCCAGUACAAGUAAGCAAAUCAGUAUGAAUCAGCCUGAUUAUAUUAGAGUAGAGUUCAAUUUUGUCAGCCCAGUUUCAAUAGGUGUCCAACAGCAUCCAGGAAUUGAACAGAUGUCUUCUGUCCACGUGUCAGCUACUCUUUCAACCGGAGCAGUCUCCCCUCAGACUCUAUGUACAGCCUGGCGUAUGUUGUCUGUUGUCGGUUGGGCAGCAGGGCGAAGACAAGUGUGUCCGUCGUAUAUCCACUGCGGGCAUGUACAGUGACAAAGGUUGGGGCAACAGGAAAAGGUACCAUCCAUGUUGAUUGUAUCUGAUUCGGAAAGACACAUCAGCUGCUCAUCUGUAGAAAAGAUCAGGGUCUUGUAUUCUUCUUAUUCUUCUUCUCUGAACCGUUUUCGCAAACUGCUAACAAACUGCUAACAAACUGUAGCUUCUUCUCUGAACCGUUUUCGCAAACUGCUAACAAACUGGACUUGAUUCGGAUCUCUAGGCGGAUGGCAGUAGUGCGAGAAAUCUUUCAGAAAGUCCCCAACAGUGGAACAUUUCCCACGGCAUGUCUUGAUGAUACAUCUCCAGUGUGUGGUCUGGCCUCUGGUUCUAAUCUUAGAGUAGGUGAAGCCAUCAAGAAAUACGUGUGGGGUUCCUCUCUGAGACUCAAUGAAUUCAAAUCUGCGUAUACCAGCCAUUGCAGCGAUAUCUUACUGACUUUAGAGUUCAUAUUAUAUAGUACAUGUGUGAUUAUGCUUAUGUUUUGGAGAAGUUUAAGUAAUAAAAUAAUGCAAAAUAAGUUCAGUUAAAACCUAUUGAUUAAUCUGUACUGAGCCUCACGCACUUCCUGUAUCCAAUACAGUUGAACAAAAUACUCCAAAUUUCGUUACUACAACACAUGCAACCCGUCACACUGAUGAAAGGCAACUUACAAGCACAAUCAUAAUCUGGUUAAUCUGUAUCACUUAACGAACUUGAGAGCGGGGAGUAGCCUACUCUGUUCACAGUUUGGAGCAGCCCAUUAACUAAUGGGUAAGUCCAGGCAGUUACACUGGUCACACUUGACUGGUAUGUCUGAUAAUUGGGCCGUCUGACAAAUGGCACGUCUGACAAAUGGGAGUAUACCACUGCAAUUGUCUAGAGUAUAGUAUCAUAGAUGACUAUAUGUGGAUUGAACUUAUUUUAAUACAGAACAGAACUCAUGGUUCGAUGAUUAGCGUCCCAUUAGGACAGGAAUUUCUGUAUUAUUACUUUUUUGUCGUUUGCGUAUUUUGAUUUAGCUGUAAUUUAAUGAACAACAAGGUCACAUGUAUUUGUUUGCGUUUCCAGAUUUGAUGUUUCUUUGUCAGCUCCAUACCCGUGCAGUCACAAUAUGGCUGAAAUAUUGCCGAUGUGACCUUAACUCACUCAUUCACUCCAUAACCGUCCUAGUGGAUUAUACCAAAAUGAGGUCUUUCCUCCGACAUUGAGACUGAGGUGUAGUGGUCAGAGCGUCCGCCCGGAGAGCGGGUUCGAUCCCCGGCCGCGUCAUAACAAAAGACGAUUACACAAC